AUGUCAAUUUUGCAAGAUAAAAAACUAGCAAUGAAGAAAAAGACAGACGGUAAAAAGUCUUCAGUGAGGCGCCAGCCCGUGAAUUUGCUGCGGAUGCACGGAAACACAAAGUGGCACGAGGCCUGUAACGAGGUCUACCAGCUGGUCAAAAGUGAACAGGAUAUCAACUUGAAGGGCGAGCCGGUCGACGUGAAGCCCAUCCAGGACAGACGGGCAGCUUUUGAAGGGCUUGUCAUGAAAUACAUUCGGUAUGUGAAGUCCUUCAACAUGCUUUGUGACUGCUACAAGUGGCUGGUGCACCCCCAGAAGAGAACACUGUUGAGAAGAUGCAUAGAAGCCGUGGCUGGGCGAAUCUGUGAGAUCAAGUGGGAAAUGGUCAACUUGGACAAAUGUCUGUUCAUCUGUUUUGAUGACAUACUGAUCGAUCUGGGACUCACACCGGCUGACCUCAAACUGGAGCUGCCCAAGUACAUGCUGUCAGAACGAUUCCGAAUUUUGCAAAUGAGAGAACGACUAUUGGCCAUGAUGAUUGAGCGGAUUAAAAGCAUAGAAAACCCACAAUUGGAUGACAUCAUUUGCCAAGUGCAGGAUUCCUCGCUUGAAUCAUCUGUGGAAGAGUUUUCGACCGAGAAAUCGGAACCCCCAAAUGAUAAUACGUCCCAGGCUUCAUUGGAUGGACAGGAUCGUCCAGUGGAUGUCAA